UACUUGGAUCCAACAUAAUCCAAACUUAAACUGGAAUCCUUUACCAGCUUGCCCUCCUUAGAGCAUCUGAUCAUACCUUCGGAAACUUGAAACUUGACACAAUAAACACACAUGGGUUUCGUUUGCAGCCAUGAAUCUUUUUUUUUUUUUUUAUUGAUAUCAUUGUCGAACACAAACCAAGAAUUGACUGUGACAUCGUAGCCAUGUAAGAUAUUUUAAUAGUCAGCAGCAAAAAGAAUGGAUUUUUCAUCAUCAAGAUGUGUAAAAUCACGUGGCCGAAAGGUGCUAGAGGGAAGUUCAGGCACAGAACUCCAUGUAUUUUAAGGCAGGGUCGAAAACUUAGCCGCAAGGUCACUCUUUAUCGUUCCCAUAACCAAAACCCAUAGCAUAAAUCUUGUUGUCCAGGGCAACUACUUGAGCCAAAAGCCCAUCUCGGAACAACCUCUUUCCAAUCCCCCUCAUGACAUUUAAGGCGUGUUUAGAUGAACUGCUCUCCUAUGGAAACAGACAGAUAUUUUCACCACCGUCCCUCUUCUUCAGUCCUGCAAUCUCCUCCACUCUCGCCAUCGUUUCCUUGAGCUUAUAUAUAGAUGACGGUAUGGCCCGCCAACUAUAAUGCCCUACCUCUGUUUGGUUUCUUAAUGUUGUUUGGCAUCCGCCCAAUCCGUUUCUUAGCCUAUAAAUAAAUAACUUUCCUCAUUUUUAAUCCAAAAAAAAUCCCAAGAGUUGCUCUUUGCCUUUAGUCCCAUCUAUUCCUCCUUUGGGCCGCCGCCUAUCUUUUUCUCUGCUUUAGCCGCCGUCUCUUCGCAGUUGCUCUCAACGCCUACUAUCAAUCCCGUCAAUUAGUCAGCGCAGGUGUUCGAUAGUAGUGGCGGUUUGUCAGCAGUUUGAGCAGUUGUAUUGCUGUAAUGUCAGAAGCUCCGAAAAAUUCAGUUGGUUCGAGUGAGCAGCGUAAAGGUGGACCAGAUUUCUUUAGCUUAUACGCUCGUGAAAUAGCUGAUCUGUUGUCCCAAGAUGAAAAGACCCUGCCCCCUUCCGAUGCAUCUGAGUUGUCUCAAGGGAAAUAUGGGGUCAUCAAUGGUAAAGAGGCUAUGGACUGCAGUCGUAAAUGUGCUGAUUCACCUUUUGAAAACAGCAUUGGUGCUGGGCUUUCAGAUUUCAAGAAUGGAAGAUUGAAGGGAUUACUUAAGCAGACCGUGAGUGAUCUCUCAAUGGAAGUUGAUGAGAUGUUAGAUCCUGUUGUGGAUAUGUGUCAGUUACGGUAUAAGGUCAGAAGCAACAGUUUGGUGACUUCAGCAUCAGAUGGUGAUGCUGCCGAAGUUCCCAGUAAGAAACCUAAGAUACGAUCUUCCUGCACAUCAGCCAGCAUCACUAGAAAUUCUUGUCCUAUCAAAUCUGGAUCUUGUGAAGAGGUGGAAGAUGAUUUGGAGUUCCUUCUAAAGAAUGAUAACCAACUGAUGGUAGAGGAAACAAUGAAAAAAUAUUCUGAUGAACUAUCCUCAACGCUGUUGCAUAUGGAGCAGAAGCUUGAAGAAACUUUAGAUACUAUAAUGUCCAAGUGUAGGCCCAUGACACGUGCUGAGAAGCGGCAGCUUCAGAAAUUUAUUCAGAAGCUACCUAAGGAAAAUCUGGUCCAUGUUGUUGAAAUUAUCCAACAUGGUAGGCCAGCUGGAAAACCUUGUGAUGAAGAAAUCUUUGUUGAUCUGGAAAAAGAGGAAAAUACAACACUCUGGAGAUUGUAUUACUACGUGGAAGCAGUUGAGAAAGCCAAAAUGCUUGCAAAUUUACAACGUAGCAAAACCCCAACAUUAUAGCCAUCCUUUCUGAGACCAUGAAAGCAGUUCUGCAAGCCUUCUAUCAAGACUAUUAUAUGACUCUCCCCCUUGCUUAAAGAAGCUAUAUGGACAUUUGUAGAUGUUGUUGAUCACAGAAGAUUUUCAAGAGAUGCUCUGCAGAUUGGUUUUCAACCUAGUUACUUGAUUCUUGUCUUUAGGAACUUGACAACACUGCAUUAACCCAUAUAUUUGAUACUUUAGGAUUGGCAUGAAGCAAUUUUUUCUUGCCACAGCACCUCUGGAUUUCAAUAUGAAGCGGCCUCUUGAUUAGUCUUUGAUUGAUCUAUUCAGUAUAGAUUGACACAAGUUUGUAAAUUCCUUAGAAAAGCAGUAAGAUCAAAGUUUUUGAGUUUUUGGUU